AUGGUAAUCAACAAGCCCACUUACUCACUUCCACUGCCAACCUCUCAGACCCUAUUCACACAACGUCAAUUCUUGAACAUGGGUAACUUUCUUUAUAUGUUACCAUUCCUUUUUUCUAUGACCAUUGCUGAUCCCUAUGAGGAUAUUGACACUUUGCUAAAUAAGCAAGUAAUAGUCCAACUGUUUGAGUGGAAGUGGAAAGACAUAGCUGAGGAGUGUGAGACCUUUUUACCAUACUACGGUUACGGUGCCGUACAGAUCUCACCUCCUAAUGAGCAUAUCACUUUGACUAAAAACAAUGACAUGCCAUGGUGGAUUAGAUAUCAGCCCGUCAGUUACAAACUCAGGUCGCGUAGCGGGACCGAGGUCGAGUUUGUAGAUAUGGUCAACAGAUGCAACAACGUUGGAGUGAGAAUUAUCGCCGACGCCGUUAUUAAUCAUAUGGUCGAGGAUGGUCAGAAAAAUGGAGUAGAUGGUCGAGGUAGCAGCGGUGGCUCAGAUUUUGAUGCAACACAGAGAAAAGCAGACUUUCCUGAAGUUCCAUACUAUGCUUUGGAUUUCCACAAUUGCACUGAAGAUGUCAAACCUGAAGACAUCAAAAGCAGUCCACAGAGGGUAAGGGAUUGUCGACUUCACCAGUUGCUUGAUUUGGAUCAAAGUAGAUCACAUGUUCAACAAAAAAUCAUAGACUACCUCAAUCAUCUGGUUGAUAUUGGCGUAGCCGGAUUCAAUAUAAAUGCGGCAGCAUAUAUGAGGCCUCAAGACCUGCAGUCCAUUCAAGAAAGUGUAAAGGAUCUGAGAGAAGACAUUUUUGGCACAAACAAGCGCCCAUUUUUCGCGCACGAAGUCGAUGUUAUGGGAAAUAUAUCGAUUCAAUGCAGCGAAUAUACCGAGCUUGGAAGGUGCGUAAAUUUUCCCUAUAGUUUGAUCGUAUCGAGAGCAGCAAGGGGAUAUUACUCUUGGAACGAUUUGCAAAAGCUUGGACCUGGUUAUUUUCGUGGGUACCAUCACUCUGCAAGCAACGAUGCAUUAGUCUUGAUUGACAAUCCCGCCACUCAAAGGGAAAAUUGGGAAAUUAUGACAUACAAAAACAACACAGACAUCAGACAUCAGCGAUACAACUACGCAGUCGCUUUUAUGUUGGCAUGGCCCUAUGGCGUCCCAAGAGUCAUGAGUGGCUAUUAUUUCGACAACGAAGAUCAGGGACCGCCAAAUGGAGGUCCCGCAGAAUACGAGACCAAAUCACCAACGUUCAACGAAGACCUUACAUGUGAUGAGUCGUCCGGCUUUGUUUGCGAACAUCGGUUACCGGUUAUCAGGGAGAUGGCAAAAUUUCGAUCUGUGGUCAAUGGUGCUGAAGUUACUGAGAUAGUCGAGAAGUUCCGCGCUCUUGCUUUUGCACGUAAAGGAAAGGGAUUCUUCGCCAUCACUGAAAGUCUUGUUCCAUUUACGAGAGUUUAUCAGACGACGCUGCCUGGAGGUACGUAUUGCGAUGUGUGGAGCGGAUAUCUCAAAGAUGGUGUAUGCACAGGAAAAAAUAUCACAGUUGAAAGCGAUGGCGCAGCUGAGAUAGAUGUUUUUCCCGUUGUAGCUAUCUCGCUGGCUUCAAAAAUUGAUACAUCGGAGACGACGAUUCCUUCGCAAACUUCAAGGCUGACAACUCACCAUCCUCAGUCAUCAGAGACGUCUUCUCCCUCGCAUCCUACGCAGACUGUUACUCAGACAACGCCAACACAGUCAUCCUCAAAACUCUUCUAUUCCAUUUGCUUUUGCAUUCUAUCAUUUUCAUUUUUGCCUUCCUUGAUUAUGCCUACACAAGAGGCUCUUUGA